AUGCACAAUCUUACCUCCGUGUCUGCAUUUCUCCUGCUAGGAUUCUCGGACAUUCGAGAACUGCAGAUCUUACACUUCUUUGUGUUCCUAGCCUUGUACUUGAUGGCAAUAAUAGGAAAUCUUCUCAUUGUCAUUGCAUUUGUCCUUGAUCACCACCUUCACACACCCAUGUACUUCUUUCUGAUGAAUUUAGCCAUGAUGGACGUUGGAACAAUUUCAGUCAUCGUACCCAAAUCAAUGGCUAUUUCCCUCCUAAACAGCAGGUCAAUUUCUUACUCCGGAUGUGUUGCUCAAGUUUUCUUUUAUUUCUUAUUUGGGACAUCAGAUUUUUUCCUCUUAACUAUAAUGGCACAUGACCGCAAUGUUGCUAUUUGCAACCCACUCCACUAUGAGACAAUUAUGCACAAAGGAGCCUGUAUUCAGAUGGUGGCCACUCUGUGGAUUACGAGCCUUCUUUUUGCCAUGUUACAUACAGGUAGCAUCUUUGCAAACACUUUCUGUUCUAAUGCUGUCAAUCAGUUCUUCUGUGAAGUCCCAACAUUACUGAAGCUCUCCUGCUCUGAUUUCUACUUAGUUGAAGUUGGAUUCCUGGUGCUGAGCUGGAGUGUGGGACUAGGUUGUUUCAUAUUCAUUAUCAUAACAUACAUUCAGAUUUUUUCUACAGUGCUCAGAAUCCCUUCAGUUCAUGGUCAGAAAAAAGCCCUCUCCACUUGCCUUCCCCACCUCACUGUUGUCUCUGUGGUUCUCUUCAGUGGAGUCUUUGCCUAUGCAAGGCCUCCCAGUAAUGCUUCUUCUUAUACAGAUAUCUCUUUUGCUGUGGUCUAUACCAUCAUUCCUCCCACACUGAAUCCAUUCAUCUACAGUAUGAGAAACAAGGAAAUCAAGGCUGCUUUGUGGAAACUCUUAGAUCUUGGACAUUCCUUUAAAACAUUUUUCAGAGUUAUUAUUUAA